AUGUCUGCGAGCCCCGCUCCCUCCUCCGAUGGCGCUGAUGGCGCAGAAGUCACCAAGCAGUCUGAUCAGAUUCAUUUCAAAUUUUGCCGCGACUCCAACUUGCUCUACCCCAAGGAGGACCGCCAGACCAACACUCUAAUGUUCACUUGCCGCACCUGCCAUGUUGGCGAGCCCGCAACCUCCCACUGUGUUUACCAGAACAAGCUUAACAAUGUCGUUGGCGAUACUGCCGGUGUGACCCAAGAUGUUGGAUCUGACCCGACGGUUUGUGUCCCCGACUUUCUCUCCCUUGCUGGAUUUUGCACCCUCUGCGGCGAGGAAACCGCCUGCGCUGUUUGUGGCGAGUCCACCUUUGGACUUGCCGCUUUCUUUGAAGAGGAGGAUGAAUACAAUAGCACGAAUCCAAGCGAGGGUUGCAAAAUUAGCGAUGCCAUUGAAGCACUUCCGCGCGCACACAAGCUUUGCCCGAGUUGCGGCGAGUUCGAGGCUGUCUUCUUUCAGUCUCAACAGCGUUCUGCUGAAACUGGAAUGAAGCUCUACUACGUCUGCUGCGCAUGUGGAACUGUUUUCAUGUGA